AUGGCGGCACGGGCUCCGGCGGGGGCCCUGGCGCUGGCGCUCUGGGGCUGGGCUUUGGCUCCGGCGGGGGCCGUGGACGCCAUGGGCCCUCACGCGGCCGUCCGCCUGGCCCAGCUGCUGACCCCGGAGGAGUGCGGCCACUUCCAGUCGCUGCUGAAGGCGCCGGAGCCGGAAGUCGAGGCUGAGCUGGCCAGGCUUUCGGAGGACCAGCUGGCGCAGCCCGAGCCUGUGCCCACGUCGGCGAUGCCAGGCCAACGGCGGCGGAGGCGCGAGGCAGCGGGGGAGCCGGCGGGCCCGGCGGCCGAGCCUGCCGACGUGUCCGACGGCUGCCGGGAGGGGCUGGCGGCCUGGCUGGCUGCCGGGGCCCCAUCCUUGUCGUGGGACCGCGUGGCCCGGGCUCUGCGGCGAAGCGGCCGCCCAGACGUGGCUCGGGAGCUGGGCAAAAACCUCCACCAGCAGGCAACGCUACAGCUGCGCAAGUUCGGGCAGCACUACGUGCCCACAGCCGACGCCCCCGCUGCCCCCGUCCUGGCCCCGGCCCCGCGUUCCCGCCGCUCCUCGGUCCCCGAGCCCAACUGGGACGAGCUGGAGCUGAUCGUGGAGCGACUGCCCCAGGGGCCGUAUCAGCGGAGCCCCGCGGGCUGGGCCGGGCCGCUGGCUCUCGGCUUCCUCACCGGCUUCGGGGGGGCGCUGGGUGUCGGGGCGCUGCUCAUCCUGCUCAUUCCGUGGAUCACCGGCGGCGAUGGCGACUGGGUGUGGCUGGGCAGCCCCCGACCGCCCACCCCGCCCCUGCUUGGGUCCUCCAGGGCUCCUGGCUGCGGGGAAGCGGAGCCGCUCUUGACUGCAGAGCCGCUGGCGUCCCCUGAGGCCUGGGCUGCAGGCGGGCCCCAUACCUCCUUGCCUCUGUGA